AUGCAUGACGCGUGUGUGACAAAAUUAAUUCACCAUGGUUCUGUUUAAAUUUUUAGGAAUACUGAGAACAAAUGUGAAGCCAAUAAUGUAUAUUUUGCUCAAUUCAUGCAAAAUUCACAUCUGGAAAAGCUCUUUAAUGAAUUGAAAGGCAUUUUAUUCAUAUUGUUGUACAUUAUUUAGAAGCAUGACCCAAAAAUGAACAACUGUUUUUUUUUUUUUUGCUCUGAAUCUCGAUCUUGAUCUAAGAAGGUUGCGCCGGUAUCUUUAUCGGGAAUAUCAAGCGCAACGAAACAGAUUGAUUUCAAUAGCCGCCCCCACCUUGCAAGUGGUGUUGUGCAAGUGGAUUCACCUCACCGAGAUUUCAUUAGUCAAGGCUCAUCUUGAACAAGUGCAUGACAAAGAUUGAGAGAUCAUGGCUUCCCAAUAUGAUAUCCCUUGGUAUAUGCUGAAGGGACUUGAUCCGACCAAUGCAGAAACCUGUACCCUGAAAGGGUCGGUGACGACGGGCAUGGAGCCCAGUGCCCGUGAUGAGAUAGCAGUCAAACUGAGAAGUGUCGCCUACAUCGCCCGUGGCCGGGUCUUUUUUGACGUGAAAAUAGACCAAAUGAGUGAGGCAUUGAAACUACGCUCACUGGACCACGUUCAUGUUCUGGUCGUUGUCAACCCGAAGUUUGGCUUCGUGAAGAAUAAGGAGACCUGUCUGCGCCGGCUGCGGCUGCUGCCCCGCGAGCUGGACUGGAAGAAGGCCCUCUCCGUUUGGCAGAGCGUCAGCGGUUUCCAGGGCGAGCCCCACACCCGACGCCCGGACGACCAGCUGGAGGCGAUAGAAAUACCGGUCGCCGCCGCCCCCGGCCCUGGUGCCGAGCCCAAACCUGCCGAUCCGCUGCUGGACUUCGUGGACAGUAUGCGUCAGCCGGUGAAGGGGACUCGGCCAGAAGACUCCGGAUCGGUGGACGAGGGGAAGGGCGAGCCGGCCUCGCAGUCAGACGCCCAGACGCAGAAUGGUGAGGGCGGCGCGCAGGGGACGGCCGAGACGGCAGCGGGAGACGCUCCGGCUCCAGUUGCCACAGAAGAGCCAUCAGAAGCGGCUGCUGCUGAGACAGAGAAGGACGCUGUUGUGGAAAAGAAGGCCGACGUGACCCCUGAAGGAUCAGCUGACGCCACGGUGACUGGUGCGACGGAUAGUGCCGUGGAAGGCGAGCCUGCUACUGGACCCAUGGAGACUGUGCCUGCAAACGCCGACACUCCUAGCACCGCCAGCACCGAGCAGGAGCCCCCUAAACCGGCCGACGCAGCGGCUAGUGAGGAGGUUCCUGUCAAGGAAAAGCCGGUUGGUUCGUCGAUGGAGACGAGCGCGCCGCCUACGGAGACUGGAGCCGCCGACGUGAAGCCAGAGGACGCAACAGAGCCCGUCUCUGCUACCCAGGACAUCGCGGAGCCUGCUGCUGCCACCCAGGACGCCGCGGAACCCACCGCUGCUGCCCCAGACGCCGACGCCUCGGCUCCGCCGGCGCGGGUGGCGCCCCCUCCCCCGCCGGAGGGUGCCGUGUCGUUCCGCGCUACCUGCUACCGGGCCGGCGGCGGGAAGCAGGGGCACGCGUUCAGCUCCAACGAGGGCGCGCAGAACUUUGGCGGCGCCGUGCAGGAGCUGUUCAACUGGAAGGUGCAGAUGAAGGGCUACGACCUGGAGGUCAUCCUCGACGUGGACUUUGAUAUGGUGAGCGUCGGCCUGUCGCUGACUCCUCGGGCGCUGUUCUACCGUAACCUGGCCAAGACGGGCCCCACGUCGCUGCGCUCCACCGUGUGCUACGGCCUGCUGAUGAUGGCCAAGCCGCAGCCCUACGAGGUCGUCGUGGACCCCAUGUGCGGUGGAGGGUCCAUCUCACUCGAGGGCGCCCAGGCGUUCCCCGGUACCUUCCACAUCUGCGGCGACAACUAUCCGGACGCCGCGCCGCGCGUGCUGCUGAAUCGCGAGUUCAGCGCGCGCCAGCUCAGCCCCACCGCCCAGCUGCCACUGGACGUGCUCACCUGGGACUGCACCCGGCUGCCGCUGCGUGACGGCUGCGCUGACGUCAUCGUCUCCGAUCUGCCAUUCGGGAAGCGGCUGGGCUCCAAGUUCGACAACCGCACCCUGUACCCGGCCUGUAUGGAGGAGAUGGCUCGCAUCUGUACCCCGCGCUACGGCCGAGCCGUGCUGCUCACCCAGGACAGACGCACCAUGGAGAAGACCCUUCAGCUGGGCCGUAUCAAGAGUCUGUGGCGAUGCCGGGCCUCGCCCUACGUCAACAUAGGCGGCCUGGAGGGGAUCGCCUACUUCUUGCAACGUUCAGACAUGGUGCGUCGCCGCCGGCCACCGCAGGCGCCGGUCGCUGCCGCCCUCCGCCGGGCCCCGCCGCAGUCAGAAGGUACACCAGCGGCUCCGGGCAGCGACCCGACUGGUAAGGAAUCGGAGACAGCCACAGCCGGCUCACCGGCCACUGCACAGUCCGGGGAUGCGCCCUCGGCAGGGAGUGAGGCGGGAUCUCAGUCGGCCUGCAAGGAGGCGGCGGUUGAGACGGAGAAGAUUAAUCGUGAGACUCAGGAGACUGUUGUCAUCCCGCCGGAGACAGGGUCAGGGGAGCCGCCUGGUGAGACGAUAACGGCAAAGGAGGUGGCCACGGACUUAGCGAAGACGUCAGAGCCAGUAGCUACUCCGUCUAGGAAGUCGGAAGACCCGGUAGUCGAGUCGUCCCCCAAGUCAGAGGACCAGGACCCGUCAGAUGAGCCGUCCCCAAAGUCAGACGAGCCAGCACCUGCGCUGUCUUCGAAGUCAGAAGACCCUACAGUCGAGCUGUCCACAAAGUCAGAGGAAGCGACAGUCGAGUCGUCCCCAAAGUCAGGCGAGUCAGCAGAUGCUUCACCUUUGAAGUCGGAAGACCCGUCAGCUAAGCCUUCCCUGACGGUGGCGGAAGUGGCCGAACCGGCGACUGCCAAGGUGCCCCCGGAGACGGGCGAUGCUUCGGAGCUACAUCAGUCAGCGACACACCAGACUGAGUCCGCUGCCAGUGUCUGCUCUGAGACGGCACCCACUGAGAAGUCACCCGCGCCAGUUUCGUCGGAGUCGGUACCUGAGGCAGAUACACAAGCGCCAGCGGCGGAAAGUUCCGAGGCGACGCCCGCGGCGUCUCCGGUCAAGGUGACGCCGGGCUCACCCACUGCAGCGGGGUCGGUCGGCACGGGGACUGAGCAGCCUGCGCCGGCGCCCCCGCCCGCCGAUACCCCGGCGGAGUGAUUACCCACGCUCGCCAGUCGGCGAUCCGCCUGGUUGGGGUUUCCGCCCGACGGCCUCGCUUGCUAGCUGUGACGGAGCUUCCAUGUGAUAACCAAGUGGUUCUUUGUAUGAGUUGUUCAGUCGAGAUAAGUCGUUCCUGUUGGGAGAUGUGUGGGUAUUUUGAAUAGCCAAGGAUCUCUUCCGAUGUCAAAUACAAGUUGCUCGUUAUUUUCA